AUGUUCCUAUCUAUCUAUCUAUCUAUCUACCUAUCUAUCUAUAUAAACGUACGCUGGGAAGCCUUUAUUCGUAUAAGGAGAGGCAGAAGAUACACGCUCUCUCUCUCUCUCUCUCUCUCUCUCUCUCUUUCUCUCUCUCUCUCUCUUAUUCUGUCAGCCUUUCUUUUUCGGGUCAUGUUCCUUGAAGAUAGUUUCUUUCUUUCUUUUUCUUUCUUUCUAUCUCUCCUCCUCCUUUUCUUUUCUUUUCUUUGUUUCUUUCUUUGUUUUUCUUUCUAUCUUCACUUCUUUCUCUUUUCUGUCAUUCUUUCUGUUUUUCUUUCUUUCUUUCAUUCUUUGUUUCUUUCUUUACUUCGCUUUUCUUUCUUUCUUUCUUUCUUUCUUUCUUUACUUCUCUCUCUUUUCUUUCUUUUUCUUUCUUACUAUCUACACUCCUCUCUCUUUUCUCUCUUUCUUUCUUUUUUUACUUCUCACUCUUUUCUUUCUUUCUUUCUUUCUUUCUUUCUUUCUUUCUUUCUUUCUUUCUUUCUUCACACCUCUCUCUUUUUUGUCUUUCUUUCUGUCUUUCUUUCUUUCUUUCUUUACUUCUCUCUUUUUUCUUUCUUUCGUUCUCUCUAUUUCUUUCGUUCUCUCUCUUUCUUUCGUUCUCUCUCUUUCUUGCUUUACUUUUCUCUUUUUUCUUUCUUUCUUUUUCUUUCUUUCUAUCUUCAGUCCUCUCUCUUUUCUGUCUUUCUUUUUUUACUUCUCUCUCUUUUCUUUCUUUCUUUCUUUUUUUCUUUCUUUCUUUCUUCACUCCUUCCUUUUUCUUUCUAUUUUAUUUUUUCCUUCUUCCUUUCUUCACUUCUCUCUCUCUUUUCAUUCUUUCUUUCUUCAUUUAUUCAUAAAUUUAUAUUUUUCUUCCUUUCAUUCUUUCCUUCUUUCUUCAUUCUUCUUGCUUUUUCCUUCUUUCUUGCUUUCUUUCUUUUUAUUUUCCCUUUUACAAUUCAUUUUUUCUUCUUUUUUCAUUUCUCUCUUUCCUUGUUAUUCAUCAAAUGCUAUCUUUAUCUUUCUAUUUUCUUCCUCUUGAUUUUGAUUUCAUUUGUUACCAUUGAUUUCUUUUUUUCUUAUUCUUCGCUUUCUUUUUUAACAUAUAACUUUUUCUUUCUUAUUUCGUUCUUUCUCCAUUUUUUUUUAUUUCUUCAUUAUUUAUUUUUCGUUCUUUCUCUCUUUCUUCCUUUUUUUCUUUCGAUCUUUUUUGCUUUCUUUCUUUCUUUAUCAUUAUCAUAUUUCUUAUUCACUAAAAUCCUUCAUUUCUUUAUUCACAUUCUUUCUUUUUGUUCAUCAUUUAAUUCAUUCUUUUCUUUAUUAUUUACUUUUCUUUAUUUCUUCUUAUUCAUUUUUCGUUCUUUCUUUCUUUCUUUCUUUCUUUCUCUCUCUCUUAUUUCAUUUUUUCUUUCUUUAGCAUUCACCCCGUUGACAUAUUUAUUCAUAGAUUUUUUUUCUGUCGCAUUGACUAAUUUGAUAUUAUUUUAUCACACUUUUUUCCUUCUUUCUUUUCUCAUUUCUCGUUUAACUUUUCUUUCUUCUUUCCAUUCUUUUUACAUUCCUGCUCCUCCUUUCUUUCUUUCUUUCUUUCUUUCUUUCUUUCUUUCUUUCUUUCUUUCUUUUCUAUUUUUCUCUUUCUUUCAUCUUCCAGUUCUUCAGCCGGAUGUCAAUUUUUUCUUUCGUUCUUUCUUUUCUUCCUUUAUUCUCACUUCUAUUUUUUUUAAUUCUUUUUUUGUUUACACUUUCACUUCUUUUAACUUCUUUCUUUUCUUUCCUCCUUCUUUUACAUCAGUCUAUGUUUUCUCCUUUUUUUGUUUUCUCAUUUUUCAAUCAUCAUUUUUUCUUUCGUUCUUUCUUUUAAUUUUUUUCAUGAAUCCCUCAUUCAUUCUCUACCUUCUUUCUCCUUUUAUCAUCUUCUCUCUUUAUUUUCAUUUUUUUAUACAGCCACGUGCCGUCGCCUCUCUCUGUCUUUUCUACAAAUACUUCCAUGUUCUUGCUCACCCUUUCUUUCUUUCUUUCUUUCUUUCUUUCUUUCUUUCUGCACACUAUGACUUUCCACUUCUUUGUUUCUUUCUGCAAACUCUGACUUCCCCUUCUUUCUUUCUUUCUUUCUUUCUUUCUUUCUUUCUUUCUUUCUUUCUUUCUUCAGUUCUCGCUCAACAUUUUCUUUCUUACUCACUUCUCGCUAAAGCUUUUUUUCACGUUCUUCAUUUUUCUUUUUUUUUUUCUUCUUACAUACAAUUUUCUUUUUAUUUCAUUUAUUUAAAUGUUGCAUUUUUCAUUCAUUCAUUCCUCUUUUCAUUCUUUCAUUCUUUUUUUGUAUUUCUUCCUACCACCUAUUUUUCAUUCAUCCUUUACCUUAAAUAUUCCAUUUUUUCUGUUAACAUUCAUUUCUCUGUUUUUUUCAUUCAUCCCUUUAUUUUCAUGCAUUCAUUUCUCUUUUUUUUUUCUUUCAAAUCUAUCCUCAUCUAUUCUUUCAUAAUCCACAUGUUUGUUUUCAGUCUCCUUUCCUUUCUUUAUUCCAAUUAUCUGUUUCUUUCUUUUUUCUUCGUUAUUAAUUUUUCUCGGCUAUUCCUUCUUUCGAUUCUUUCUCUUCACACUCCUACUUCUUCAUACCCUCCUUCUCAUAUUUUUCUUCCUCUUUUCUUUCUCCUCAUUCCUCUUCCUCUUAUCCUCCAUUUUCCACCUCCUAUUUCUUUUUCUGCUUCUGCUACUGCUGAUUUUUUUAUUUUUUUUUAUCUUUUCAUAUCUUUCUGUUUUCUUUCUUUCAUACUUUCUUUUUUCUUCGUUAUUUUCUUAUUUUUCUUCUACCAGUUGCGAAGUUUUUUUCCAAGUAGUUUUCUUUUUCUUUUCUUCCUCUCUUCCCUUCUGUUUUCUUCUUCUUCUUCUUCUUCUUCUUCUUCUUCUUCUUCUUCUUCUUCUUCUUCUUCUUUCUGUGAAUAUCAAUUUUCAAUAUCGUCUCUCUCUUUGUUAUUUUGA